GUUAUAUAUCGACGAUUUCGAGAUGCGAAUAGCCCAUUGUAGAAGCGCAAAGCGCGGAACGCGAGUGCUACAACACAGUGAUCGUACUAGUCCAAACAUCUUUUAUAUUUUUCUACUUUUAUAUAUCUAAUUGUAUAGUUUCGUUAUUUUUAUUACUUAGAAGUUUAUAUUUUCUCAUCGUUCGAUACGCUUCUGAUUUGUAUAUUGGCUAUAAGAAACUCACAAGAACUGAACAAAAAAACACGUACCUUAAUUUCACAAAGAAACGGAAUAGAAGCAAAAGAAAAGCAACCAUUAGAAAAGAAAAGUGAAUCAAUGCGUUUAUAAAGAUUUCCAAUAGUUGAACUUGAAGUUGAAGAUUUACACAUUUCCAGAAUGCAUAUUGAAGUUCAAGUAGCUCUGAAUUUCGUCAUUUCGUACCUGUACAACAAACUACCAAGGAGACGUGUCAACAUCUUCGGUGAGGAAUUAGAAAAGGCUUUAAAAGAAAAAUUCCAAGGUCACUGGUAUCCAGACAAACCUUACAAAGGUUCAGCUUUCAGAUGCCUGAAGACAGGUGAUCCAAUUGACAAGGUUCUAGAAAGAGCUGCUAGAGAAAGUGGAGUACCUAUCACUGAUAUUUUAGAAAAUCUACCACAAGAAUUGGCCGUUUGGGUAGACCCCGGUGAAGUGAGUUAUCGUAUUGGAGAAAAAGGCGCCGUUAAGAUCCUUUUCAGCGACAAAGGCGAUCCGCAAGAUGAACAUUCUGCCGACAGAGAAGUUACAAAAACCUUCAACCCUGAAGCCCAGUGUUUCAGGCCGAUCGAAUGUGUUACAUCAACCAUGAAUAAUUUGAGCAUCUCUCCUAAGACCCUCACCCCCUUCUCGACUAAUAAUACACAAAAUAACGUCGUAGGGUCUCAACUACACCAACAGAUACCAAUACCACAGCACAACGGAAAUCCUGCACCACCAACUACUAAUAUAAACCACUUGUCAUCACCUUCGUUGGCACCUUCGCCAACUUUAAACACUUCCUACAAGGGUUCCCCAUCGCCUGUACCAGCUUUUAUACCAAGAACUACUACACCUCUUACGUUUACUACCGCUACCUUUGCUCAAACGAAAUUCGGUAGUACCAAAUUGAAGACCAGUAGCAAAAGAGCUAAUAGAAUGUCUCCCACCGAAUUCUCCAAUUACAUUAAACAAAGAGCGAUGCAGCAACAACUCCACCAACAGCCACCACACCAUUCUCCAGCGGGUCGCGCGCUUUCUCCCGAUCCCUCAACAUAUUACUAUCCACACGGUCAUUAUCCUCCUCAGUUCCCGCCUCGUUCUGUAUUCGAGUCUUCCAACCAAUAUCUAAGUCCCGAUGUAUACUCUGGAAAAGUUCCAUAUGAACACUCGACACCUUUGGGUCCAUAUUAUCCAAACAAUGGACCGGUAGGAGCUACCCAGUCCGCUCCUACCACUCCACAGGACAAUGGAAAAUUGAUAGACAACAACUGGCCGUACCCUACUGCUGGACAAUACCAGCAUUUGUUGGUGGCUAAUUGAGGGGCUUCUUAGACAAGGGAACUUUUUCUAAAUGAUAGUUUUGUACGCUUGAGGGGAGUAAGAUAUUUAACCGCUAUUAAAACUAACUACCAAAAGAUUUCCCAGUUAAAUCUUAUUAUUUAAUGGCAUUAAAUACAAGAUUUGAACAGUGUAAGGAGAUUAGUCGUUGUUUUUUGAAGUCAUUAGAAAUAUAUUUCUAUUGUAAAUCACUCAAAUUAAAUUUUUUUUUCUUUGUACUACAUCCUGUAGACAAUGGAAUAAUUAUGCAUCAAUAUUGAAUAGACAAUCUUUUAGAUGUAACUAGUAAUAAUAUAUCUGUUCAGAUAAGUUACUGAUAUGCUACCACUUGAAUGUCUUGCUUAACCCCCCAAGUUGAAUUAUUUUUCCUUACUACUGCAUUUCUCAAACCUAGUGUGAUAGUAAAAUGGUAAAAACCGAAAUCAUUACUUGGUUAAAUUUAAAUGGGUUAAAAAAAAUGUUAAUGUUGAUAAAAAUGACUAGUACCUUCACUAAAUCAACCCAUGAUAUUGUCUGUGAACUAAUAAUUUUUUCUCAGUGUGCGAAUGAUUCUUAUAAUUCACUUUUAAUUUAUCCGUCAGUAGUUGUACCACAAUGUAGAUAAUUAGUUAUGAGAAACUGACCGAAAUAAAUUUUUGCAAGUUGUUUAUAAUAUUACAAAAAAGAUUACUCAGAAAUAAUUACCAGUUUUUCAAACAAGGGAGAAUCUUUAUAUGAAGAAAAUGUACAAAAUAAAAAAAACCAUCUGUAAAUAUUAGUCAACAUUGCAAAUUAAAAAAUUUGGAUACGAUUCUUUUAAGUACUUGUUUAAUAAAAGUUCCUAUUUCUUUGAAUAAAAUUCAGUUACUCCACACAGCUAAAAUAACUAGAGAAUGGUAUAGUUAAUCAAUUGUAUAUAUAAAUAAUAAUAGUUUAAGAAUGUGUCGAUAUUGGGAAUUCCUUCCAUUUUUAUGGAUUAGUUAGGAUCUCUCUAAUAAAUAAUUUGUACAUAAUAACAAGUAUAAUUUAUAUUUUUUGUACCGAUGUCUUAACUAUAGUUAGUCACUUUUCUAUUUUUGAUACUGUAUAAUCUUAAGUGUGUUACGUUCUAAUUUGGACGAAACUAGUUGAAAAUGAAAGCUUUUGAUGAAAAUAGCACUUUCGCUAAAAAUACAUAUACCCUACUGAAAAAAGAAUAACAUGAAAAUAAUUCUAUUAAUAAAAGUAUCUGAAUAAAAACUACACGAACUUGAUAAAUUCAAAGUUAAAGACUAUUCUAUUGUCUGAAUGUUAAUCUCAUGUAUACAGCUGAAUUUCAGCCUAACAUUAAAUAUCAAUAUAUUCAAUAUAUUUGUUUUCCUGCAACAGUGAUUUAGCUGGAAUAUACUUUAACUUUAUAGUUUUCUCAUUUGUUUUGGAUUCUAUAAUAUUCCUAAACACUUGUUAUUUAUGCACGUACAUCUGUGCAUUUUACAUUACAUUUUUUCUCUUUAUUUUCAUUACUAUCUUGAAUUUAUAACUUUGUUGACGUGUCAAAUAACAGUUUAGGGACCGAUCGCAUGUGAAUUUUCAAAAUUCGUUCGUGGUUCGAUGACUUCACCACUUGCGUGCGCAAUGGGUCCUUAAACUAAUUAGCCAACAAAGCUUAUAUUUGACUUUCCACAGCUGUCAUUAUAUUUUCAUCUGUCAUCUUGUACUUGCCUACGUUCAAGACAUUAACAAAAUCCACAUUAAACGAAGGUUCAUUCAUAAUUAAUCCUAUCAUUUUGACAAAUACUAAAGUUUUAUAGAAAAGUUUCUGUUGUUCUAUUUAAAGUAGGAUAUGCUGUAGAUAUUCCGCACGUUUUCCAUCACAUAUAUUAUUCAAGACAACUUAAUAUAUAUAUAUAUAUAAGACAAGUAAUGAUUUUGAAAAAAAGAAGAAUAUAAAAUCGAGUAAUAAGUAAGGAAAAGUAUACUCAAGUACAAUACUAUGCGUUAUACCUACCUUAUAUAUUAUAAGAAUUAUUAAAAGAAAAAGUUUCCCAACAUUGAUUUAAGAAUAAAGGAGAUGAUUUUUAUAAAUCAGUAGUCACGUAGGUUAUAGGUGUUUCUUACUUCAUAAAAAAAAUGGUGUUUACAGUAUUCUUGUAGACUAGAGUGUUUCCUAAAUUUUUUAUAUUGUAUGUAUUUUUUUAUUUUUGUAUGAAAAGCUCAAGCUGUCAUCUAGUCCCAUGAUAAAUGUUUUUAAUAAGUGUUGGCAUAUCAUGAUGGAAAUUAAAAUACCAUAAAAUAUACUAAUGUUAGUUAGGAAGCAGUUUACACAAAUUGGCCAGCGUCGCAGAGAUAGUUCUUCCAUAAUAUGCAAUAAUACUCUGAUUUAGAGAUACGAUUUUGUGAUAUUCCAAAUAAAUAGUACAUUUUUAUAAAUGUAGUAGCUACCAAAGAACAUAGUAGAUUUACUAGCUAGAAGACAAGACGUUUUCAAUAAUUUUAUUCCAAUAAUUUUAAUUAUUAUUGAUAACAGUAAGUUCACUAUAAUUAUAGGCUAAAUAGAGAGGCAAGUAUAUAAAUAUAAAAGAGAAAAUAAUACUAAUAAUAGACUAAAAAGUCCUAACGUCAUCAAUUAUUAUUUUGUUUUCUGUCUUAUUAGUUUGGUUGCCAAAUGCCCUUAAUUUUUUUGAGUGUUUCGUUAUAUAUAUGUCACUAAAGUAACAACGAACACUCCACACUUAGUUCUCACAAUCAUUUCAAUUAUACACAAACACACAUACAAGCACGCGUGAGAAAGCCCGUUACGUUAGUCAUACAACCUCGUACCAAAUCUAAAGAUGGAUGGAAGUUCCAAUAUAGAUUUUACUUGGUAGUUUUUUUUUUAUUAAAAAAAAUACAUGUAAUCUACUUUAUUAUGGAGCAACCCAGUAUUAUAAAUGUAUAUGACGCCCUUUUUUCUCACGGAUUUAUUUUCUACAAGUUUUCUAAAACACACGUUAUUACAUACUAGAUUCUACUAACUUCAAAAAAGACAUAAGUGAAAUUCUUCUUUUUCUGUUAACCACAGAAUUAUGGUUAAUAAGAGAAUCAUUACACUUAGCAAAAAUUGAAAAAACCUCUAGACAACCAAGAAAUCCUUACAUAAUUUGGAUUUACUUCGCGCUCAAAUAAAUCCCAAAUCCCAUCUAGGGUUUUCCUACUAUUAAGAGCUAUUGUUUCCAGUAUUGUAGCCAAAUAUUGCAGUAAAAAUAUUAACCGUUUAGAAGAAUUUGCUUUAAGAAUGUGAUAUGUAUUGGAAAUUGGAUGAAUCUAUUUCAAACUUUGAUGAUUUUCUGUUAUCUUUAAUAAUUAUAUAUAUUUAACAGGUCUGAAAUUAAAUUAUGAUAAUAUUUUUCUACUAUAAUUCCGAUAUAAUAAAAUGACUUGUCGUCUGGCUUUUAAAAGCUAGCGAAUUUUGUGUGGACAUGGCUUCUCUAUGAAUAUAUUGUUCAGUAUUGCAUGCUGAGGCAACCCGAUGGGUUCUAGAUGCUUCCUUUUCUCAAAUUAAGGAGAUAUGUAUGUGCUAUUUUUUACUGCUUGAUUUUUGUUACUUUUUCACUGAUGUUUAUUUUUUAUUUGUAUAAAAUUGUUGACUUAAUAUAAUAUAUAUUUUGUUAUGA